CUGUUUUAGGCUUUUAGUAUACAACACACUGGAGAAGAGAGCGAAUAAACUAAUGGUGGGGAUUCCAGCGAGUUCCGCGCCGCGUUCAAAUGUUAGUCGGCCGUCGGAGAGAGUGGUCGUGCGUGAGAAUUCUCUCGCGCGUACAAAUAAACGUGUGUUUAUUUCCUUUCUCGGUGUUCUCUCACUAACUCGGAAUUUAAAAAAGAAAAAAAGUCUCAAAAAGUGAAAAAAUCCCUUUUUUUACCUUCGAAAAAAAAUGUUUUUGAGUAAAAAAAAUAUCAAUGACAAGUGACGUGGUGUUUCUCGGUGCAUAAAAAAACAAUUGUGUCUAUUGUUUUUUUUGGGAGAAAAAUUAAAAAGAAAAGGAUCGAAAGUUGUACUUAGUGUGAAGGGUGUAUUUUUUUAUUCCCCGACAACGACGACGACAACAAAAUUCCUUUUUGGAUUAUUGUUCUUUUUUUUAAUGGUAUUUUAAAUGAUUUUGAGUGAAAAGUUUUAUUGAAAAAUUGAAGAAGAAAAAAAGUGAAUUUAUUUCUUGGAAAAUGACAGCGGACGGUCUUUUUGAGACUACCAGCAUCCCAGGGCAUCUCGCUCCCACGCCAGAGAGACUGGAGAGGCUCCUCUCAAAACAGACCCUCGAGGAACUCUACGAAGUUGAGGAACAACCUUUCGCACGGGGAAAAUAUGCAACUGUCCGAAGAUGCAGAGAGAGGUCCAGUGGGAGGCAAUGGGCAGCAAAAUUUUUGAGAAAACGAAGAAGAGCGCAGGAGUUUCGUGCAGAGGCACUUCAUGAGGUUGCAGUGCUGGAUGCUGCGGCUCAUUGUCCUCAUCUCGUUUCUCUUCAUCAAGUCUUCGAAACGAAUACCGAGAUGGUCCUCGUUCUUGAAUUGGCUCCCGGUGGAGAAUUACAGAUGGUGUUGGAUAAAGAUGAAAUACCCGAGGAAAGACAAGUUGCAAGGCUUCUUAGACAGAUCCUCGAUGGAAUAGCUUUUCUUCAUUCCUUCAAUGUUGCGCACCUUGACAUUAAGCCCCAAAAUUUGGUAUUGACUGGAGAAUUUCCGGACUGUGACGUGAAACUCUGCGAUUUUGGAAUUUCACGAUACAUCAGCCACGGUGCAGACAUUCGUGAAAUUUUAGGCACACCCGAUUAUGUUGCCCCGGAAGUUCUCAACUACGAGCCAAUAAGUCUGGCCACCGAUAUGUGGUCAGUUGGCGUUUUGUUGUACGUUCUACUAACAGGUUGUUCGCCAUUCGGAGGAGAUACCAAACAGGAAACAUUCUGUAAUAUUAGUCGAUGUCGACUGGACUUUCCCGACGAUCUUUUCGAGGAUGUUUCCAAGGAGGCUCAAGAUCUCAUGCGGAAACUAAUGGUCAAGGAUCCAAGGGAGAGACUAACAGUGAAAGACUGUUUACAACACUCUUGGUUCGCGUUAUUCGACGACCCAGUGGCGUCACUUUCAUCAACAGUAUCGUUAGAAAUCGAAACAAUGACCUCGAGUACAGUAGUUAUUUUGGAACAAGAACCAUCGACACCAGAACCAGAAGUUUGUCCCCGCUCGAAAUCUUUAAUUUCGUCAAAGGUUGAUUCAGAGCCUAACAAAGGGACAAAUGCUGUAGAUGGAAAAACAUCAGUAUCAUCAUCAUCAUCAAAUUCCCCAUCAUCAUCAUCAUCAUCAUCAGCAACGAGAGCUGUUUCAUCGCACACGGAAAAUAUUUACUCAAAGCCAAAGACAUCAUCGCCAUUAAGAAUUGGUCUCAGCGCAAAUCGAAGGGAUACAUUCAAAAAAAAUAUGGAGUCUUUGGCGCAAAAAUUUUCAACGAGUACAGAAAUUGUCAUCUUGGAGGGCAGUGGAUCCAGUGUUACACAGAGAAGAGCAACUGCGACACAUACAAUGCCAGCUGGUGAAGUAUUCAAGUGUAUGCCAGUGUUUAUUUUAGGCGAGGAACAACAAUGCAGCGACAGUGGCAGUGACACUGUCUCCGAAAUAUCGACAGACAGUUCCAGCGAUCGCAGUUCCAUUUAUUCGGACGAUUCACUUGAUUUUAUUUUAUAUGGCAAAAAUCAAGGGAGGGCCAGUUUUCCAUUCACCGGUCCUGAGUCUGAUAGGUGGGAACAGAGGCAUCAUCAACGAGUAUGGCCUAGGGAGUGCAACGGUGUCGUGAGCAAGGCCCUGAGUCGUUUCACAGAGCCUGGCUGUGGAAAACUCACCAAGAGUACAACACCGCCAUGUUCCCGGGGAAAAACAGGUUUAGAAGCACUACGUGAACGAGGAGGUAACCUCGUCGUGAUUAGAGAGCCCGUUAGAGCCGGAAGGUACACAAGAUACAGUGAAGUUCAAUGCGAGUCAGUGCAGGCGAGAAUUCGAAGGUUUCAAAUUCACGGCGGAUCCUAAAUUUAUCAAUUUUAUCAAAACAAUUUCGGAAAACAAUUAAAGAGAACAAGAAUUCCUCAUCUCUUUCUCUCAUAUAAGAGAGGCAGGAACAAUUCUCUUCUUUUGCGAAAAGAAGAAUUCAAUUGCAAAAGAAGAAUUCAUUUGCAGAAGAAUUCAUUUGCAAAAGAAUUUAUUUGCAGAAGAAUUCUUUUUGGCGAAAUAAGAAAUUUUUUUUUCGCUAAAGAAAAAAAAAAUUCUCCUGCUAAACAAAGGAAUUCUGUUCUUUGCAUUUCAUCGGAUGAUGAAAUAAUAACUGGCGCUGUGCGUGCUCAAAUUAUAGGCAGCUUGGAAACCUGUCUAGGGCCUCGUUAUCUCCCGAGGAUGAUAGACCAACGUUCAGUCAUUUUUAUUUGUAAAUAGGAAUGCGUGCUCCGUUGUAAAUAAUGUAACGAGUGUGAGAGAUGAUUAUGAUGAUAAAAUUAUCUUUAUUUUCCAUUCCGAUGGAAUGUGUGCGAGACAAUGUCAUUGUAAAUAGGGAGGACAAAAGUUAUGGUGCGAAUUUUUGAAAGAAAGAAAGAGAGAGAGAAAAAAAAAAUUUAUAUUAUAUAAAUAUAUAUAAUUAUAUUAACUCGGAUCAGCGGGGCAGUUAAAAGUCUGCCGAUGAUCAAUCGAUAGACUGAUUUACCGUCCCUUCGAAACGCGAUUAACAAAUAUUAUAAUUCUUUCCUGCCAUUUUUCCUAUCAUCAUCAUUAUCAUAAAAUUGGCGACAUCAAUCAUUAAAUUUAUUUUCAAAAUUAAAAAAAAUAGACUUUCAAAUGAUAUCAUUAGAUUAGAAAUCGAAUUUUUUUCUCCCUUUUGUCUUACGACUCGAAAUUUUCAACAACAAAAAAAUUCAGCGUCAAAAAAAUUUUUUCUCCGACUUCUAGUCUAGUGAUAUCAUUUUUCCCCUAAAAAACAAAAUCAAAUGUGUUCAUCAGAAAAUCGGUGCCUUGCUACUAAAAAAAUAAUUACUCUGAGAAAAAUCUGAAUAAAAAUUGAGAAAAAUUGAGAAAAAA